AUGUUAUCAGCUCUACUGACAUCCCUGGCACUCGCCAUAGCCCUUCUUUUCUUUAUGAUUUGGGGCAAAAAGCAGAACCCCCAUUCCACGUCGAACGACCCAGCGAUAUGCCGGCUAAUCAUCGCCGGCGUAUUGAAACGCAAAGACCAACCGAAUAUACUCUCACCACAUCAAGCAAAAGCGAUGGCUAAUAGACACCUUCCCAUCGCCUUUGGAAUCGACAACGCCUUCACACGUACAGAUAGUGCCCAUGCCAGCAUGUUCGUCGAGAAAGUCAAACCCUUGAUCAAUCUAUCGGAAAAGCAGUGGCACAGUGUAUCUGAGUUCGCUAGAGUCACGACUAUCCACUGGAUCGAGCAUGGCUUUCCUGGACUGGAUCAUAGCUGCGGCAGCAGUUGCCAUGGAGGAGAGCAGAAGCUCAAGAGCAAUAAGAUCAGUGUCGACCGCAACCGGAUCAACAUUGCCAGUAUGGCGCAAAUGCUUUCAUUGAAAGUAGUGCUAUGGCUAUUUUUCAACCAAAAGACACAAGAUCAGACAUGUGAUGAGAAUCUCUUGAACUUAGCGCAGUCUAUAAAUCGAGUCUGGAUAUCCUCUAAGGUGAGGGCUACUGAGGAUGAUAUUCCCAGAUUCGAAGAGGAUGUAUUGCUUCAGACGUCGCUGGUCAAUAUCUUCGGGAAACAUGACCGUCCAGAGGAUAAUCCGUUGAACCUUAUUCUUCCUUCCUUUGAGACAAUGUGGCGUGUUGUAUUGCGAGCCUUCCUAGAGAUCAGGUUCGCGACUGGAAAAGAAGUACCUGCUUGGAGAGAGACGAUGGUUGCUUUUGCGGAGAAGCCCACCAAACCCCAAUUCGAGACAGGCCCCGUGUGCCCGUCUAGUCGCCCCAGAUCCGAAUCCAGGAAUAAAUCCAACACAGGUCAUACAAGAAGUGUUCAGAGUUCACCAAGUGCAAAGCACAUAGUCAGCGAAUCCCUCCGACUGUACGUUCCUACAAGACACAUUCAUCGAGCAUACCAGUGGGACCAGGGUAUGGGGACAUCCCAUGAGAUCAAAUCCGCUGAUAUUGAAGGAUGUCAUCUGAGAUCUGAUAUCUGGGGUUCUGAUGCAGAGCGAUUCAACCCAGGUCGCUGGUCUGCUCCUACAUCCGCGCAAAGAGAUGCUUUCAUGCCUUUUGGAUGUUCACCCUUUGAAUGUCCUGCCAAGCCGACUUUUGGACCGAGGAUGAUUGGGGUUUUGGUUGGGGCUCUGUUAGUGGCUUUAGAUGAUAAGGAUAGACCAAACACUUGGACUAUGGGUUGUGAGAAUUUGAGAGUAUUGGAACACCUCACGUCUGGGAAGAAGUUGUGUCCGCAUAGGAAUACCUAUACGGAUUUGUAUCUAGUGCGGUCUUGGAAUAAGGAAGAGUGA